AUGAGACAAGAAGCCGUGGCGACACCCUAUCUGUUCAAUUUUGCCAUCGAUGACAUAAUGCGGAGAACAGUUGAGCAGUGUCCCACUGAUGUCAUUUUAGCACGUUCCGCACGUCCCUCGGUGGAUCUCGAGUACGCUAACGAUGUAGUAACAUUCGCUUCUAGCAGUGCGAAGUUACAACAUGUUGUGAACCUUGUAUCGAAAUUAGCUUCAGCAUACGGACUGUGA